GCGUGGCCUGGGCGGGGCGGGCUGGAAGAUUCCACGGCGCCGCGCGGUGGUCGGGUAGGGAAGCGGGAGCGCUUUUUGCUGCUGUUGCUGCUGCUGCUCCGCCAUGGAUUCGCGUAAGCUGAGCGAGUUGAAGGCCUUCGUUCGGCUCUGCAAGCAGAACCCGGCGCUGCUGCACACCGAGGAGCUGGCGUUCCUCCGCGAGUGGGUGGAGAGUAUGGGAGGCACAAUACCACCCGCUCCAGCCAAAGCCGCCACAGAAGAGACAAGUAAGGGCAAAGUGGAGGAGCAGCCAGAGGAGCCAGUUAAAUCACCAGAAACAGAAAGUGAAGAGAGUGACUUAGAAAUUGAUAAUGAGGGAGUGAUUGAACCAGACAAUGAUGACCCUCAAGAAAUGGGAGAUGAAAAUGUGGAGGUCACUGAUGAGAUGAUGGAACAAGCUAAUGAGAAGAAGAUUGAAGCAAUAAAUGCUCUAAGUGAAGGUGAACUUCAGAAGGCUGUUGAUUUAUUCACAGAUGCUAUCAAGCUGAAUCCGUGUUUGGCCAUCUUGUAUGCCAAGAGGGCAAGUGUUUUUGUGAAGCUACAGAAGCCAAAUGCUGCCAUUAGAGAUUGUGACCGAGCCAUCAAGAUUAAUCCUGACUCAGCACAGACCUACAAAUGGAGGGGAAAAGCUCACAGACUUCUGGGUCACUGGGAGGAGGCUGCUCGUGAUCUUGCAUUAGCUUGUAAACUGGAUUAUGAUGAGGAUGCUAGUGCCAUGCUGAAGGAAGUGCAACCAAGAGCCCAGAAAAUUGCAGAGCAUCGCCGAAAAUAUGAACGGAAGCGUGAAGAAAAGGAAAUUAAGGAAAGAAUGGAAAGAGUGAAGAAGGCCCGUGAGGAGCAUGAGAGGGCACAAAGGGAGGAAGAAGCCAGACGACAGGCAGGAGGAGCUCAGUUUGGUGGUUUCCCAGGAGGAUUUCCUUUUGGUAUGCCUGGAGGUAUGCCAGGGCUCAAUGAGAUUCUCAGUGAUCCGGAAGUCCUUGUGGCCAUGCAGGAUCCCGAAGUUAUGACUGCAUUCCAAGAUGUUGUCCAGAACCCGGCAAAUAUGUCCAAGUACCAGAACAAUCCCAAGGUCAUGAAUCUCAUCAGUAAAUUGUCUGCCAAACUUGGCAGUAAACCAUAAAAUCCCUGAUUCUUAAAAAUCAUAUCUGAAUGGGAAGGAUUGGAUUUGGCUAACCAGUGUUGCAAUAAAACAAACUAUUUUACCUCUGAUCUUCUUAAGAAGAAAAAUGGGGGUGUUCUAAGGAGAACUGCUCUCUAGCCCCAAGGUAUUGACUUUAUUUAAUGAUUGGUUUAUAUCACUCAAAUUACAUUCAGACAUUUAAACUAUCCCUCCUUGUCCAAGAGUUCUUGCAACCUUUUGUUAUAAGUAUUACAGACUGUUUCUUUUGGAUGAGCACUCCUGUAGAAAAUCUUGAUGUUUCAGGAGUGUAAGAUUAAAAACUGCUGUUGUGUUGGUUUGGACUUACUUCUUUUUGAAUUAUUCUCAGUGAGCAAAGAGGAAGGAACUUUAAACAGUUGAAGUCUGUCUUAAUCCCUUUAGGACAGAAAAGUUGGUCUAGUCACAAGUAGCAAAAGUAGGACAAGUCUGAAGAAUUCACUGGAUAAAGGAAUUGUCUGCAAAUACAAGUCCUUGUGUUUGGUUUCUUUUUUAAAUGGGUAGCUGACUUUAUAUAACUAUUGAAAUUAUCAGUAUAACCAUGCUAGCUAGUUACACACUGGAACUUCUGGCAAUACUGCAAAUAACGUCGUAUUUUGCUCACCACAAACAUGUAGCAAAGGUAUAAUCCUAUCCUUUGCACAACCUGUCAUGAAGUACAUAUUGCAGAAGCCACAGAGAUUUUGUUACUCGGUUCUUGUCCAGCACCUUUACGUAACAUUUUAUUUUUCAGUCUGGGUAUGGGAGAGCAGCUUCCUGUCUGUGCUUGUUCUCUUGUCCUUUCCCGGUUAGCAGGUCCUCCACUGGUUGCACUUGUCCUUCCUUGGGGCUGUGCUUACCAGGUUUCAUCUACUUGGAAACUUUAGGGAAGGAGUCUUGUUCCCAUCACUACCUCUGUCCCACUGAAUGCAAGCCAUCCAUUACAUGUAAAUACAGAGUUAUGAAUCAGUGAAGGAGAGAAUACCCAACAACAUAGCAGCUCUGGGUUCUGAGUUGGUUUGAGUCCUUACAUGCUUAUUCAUGAAAAUUUCUUGCCCAAAGUCCUGCUGUCUGUUUAGAGGUGAUGGCUCUUCCUUCACCAUAUACUAUAGUCUUCCGUCUGUUCUUGUAUCUCUUUAAAGAAAAAAAAAGAAAAAACAGCUGCUGUCAUGGUUUCAUACUUCCAUUGUUUUGCGGCUUGUGAUAUGGAGGAAAAGGUAAAGUAAUUGGAGCAGACAGAACAUUCUCACACUUGUGGAUUUAACAGCAUGGAUAUCCUCAAAGCAGUGUCUGUGCUGAUCAUGCUCAGUUGAUUUGUCUAUCAAUAAAGACAGUUGUUGCUUCUGUUUGUCUUGGCUAAAACAUUAUCUUUCUGUGGAAAAAUGACCAUGGUUUCCUGUUCACCACUUGAGUCUCGGCAUUUGUGUUGCUCUUUUGUAAUUCUGUAUCUUAAGCCAUAACUGAUGUUACUAUUUUUAAAUAAAUCUGGAUUGGUGUAGGAACUCAACAACAGUUGCAAAAAAUAAAUCCCUAAAUGCUUUUUCUCAUAUUAAUAGCCCUGCAGAAAGAAAUGUGAAUCUUUUUUGCCUAAGAAAUAUAGUUCUGAAUACUUCUCUUAGCCUUUAAAAAUAAAGUAUGGUUUUGAAAAACAAAGCUUUUUGGGUUUGUGUAACUUUUUGAUAAAACCUAUUUUGUUUAAAUUAAAUGUGGAAGUGCUUCAAUUAAAUUGUAUACAUAAACUUGCGAUUUAAAUUGGGACUAAAUGCUUCAGGGCUUGUCUUCAUGACCAGAUGAACUCAAGUUAUGAUUGAGAGUAGCUGUGUGCCUGGCCUUUUGUUGUUACUCUUUAUCUCCUCUUCCCAAGAGGACGUACUGGAAGUAGGUCACCCCUCAGUAUAGGCUGAAACUUGACUUCUUUGUUCAGGCUGAUGCAUGUGUGCUGUGCUUGAAUUAGAAUAUCUUGAAUGUAGAUUUAUUCCCUAUAGUUUCCUGCUACUCCAUUGUAGCUGUGUCUGUCUACCCAUGACUAGUUAAAAGUAGGAAAUUACCCCUAGCCUAGUAGAUAUGGUUUGUAUCUGUGUCUUACCUGCUUGCUUAUACAUCAGUUGCUCUGAUUCAGAGCUGACUGACUCGAGAAAAACAUUCUCCACAAUUUUGGUGUUGGCAUUAGCAAUCUAGCUGAAUUCUUACAAUCCUUUGGAAUGCACAUCCCAUGACUCCCUUAGUGUGUGGGUUUUCUUGUCUUUAAUGUUAAUUAGGAUGUCUAGACCUCAUCUAAGUUCCCAGAGUUGGCAUGUGGACAUCUAAGUAGUUAAGCUGGUUUGAGCAUAACUGCAAGGCAGAAAGUUAACAGCUCAGGAGAUGAGCAAAGAUGAUGAGUUCCAAAUGUGGGAUAUAAGUAGCUAUAUGAGGAGGCAUUGUUCAGUGCUUGCUCCUGUAUUUACUGGCAGCUCCUUCAGGUUAUUUGCUUCAAUCCCAGCAAAGAGAAGGGGUGGUUCUAAUAUCUACAAUGGCAAUCAUAGAAUAGUUGGAAGGGACCUUGAAUAUAUAGUUCCACCACCCCCCGCUAUGGGUAGGGACACCUCCCACUGGAUCAGGCUGCCCAAGGCCCCAUCCAACUUGGCCUUGAUAUAAAAAUCAACUGACAAUUCGAGUCUGAAAACACUUGAGCAUGUCAGUGCGGUAUCUGAAAUGGUGACCCAGCUUCAGGUCUGCACUUUUGCCAUUUGAAGUAACUCAUGUACUGGUCCGUUUGGCCACUCCAGUGCCACAGAUGAAAUGUCCUGGUCUGCCAGAGAGCAUGAGAAUACCUGUAGCUGGCUGGUAGUAAAGGCUCAUAGCCUUGUUACUCUGUGUGUGAGUCCAAAUGACUUGCCUGUCCUCUGUGGUUCAAUUGCAACCCCAAGGAGGAGUAGGAAGUGUCAGGUGAGAUGCCACUUCUGGACCACUAUGUCACAGUGAGAGCCCUGUUUAAUAGUCACGUGGAAAGCACGAGGCUGGGUUCCUUUGCCAGAACUCUUUUGAAAAUUUCUCUCGCUUUAGUGUUGGGCUGUCAAUAAAAGGUAUUUGUCGAAGUGGCUUGGUUUGUCUUUGUUGGAAGGGAAUAGGCAAAUGCACGGGAGCCAGGCUGUCUCAAAGUUGGAUGAAGAAGGCAGGUGGAACAGUUUACAAAGGCUUGUGGUGAUAGGAUGAGGGGCAAUGGGUAUAAACUGGAGAGGGGCAGAUUUAGACUAGACAUGAGGAAUUUCUUUGCAAUGAGAGUGGUGAGACACUGGCACAGGUUGCCCAGGGAAGUUGCGGAUGCCCCAUCCCUGGAGGUUUUCAAGGUCAGGUUGAAUGGGGCCUUGGGCAGCCUGAUCCAGCGGAAGGUGUCCUGCCCAUGGCGGGGGGGUUGGAACUGGAUGAUCUUUAAGGUCCCUUCCAACCCAAACUGUAUUAUGAUUCUCUGAAAACUGGGCAGAGUGACAGGCCAGAGGCAGAACGGGUCAAUAAAUGAGUCUUAGAAAGUCAUGUAAAAGUAAAAGCAUGUGCUAGAAAUAGCUUGUUGCAAGUGGCCUGCAGUAGCAUCUGUAGUUUAAAAUACUUGUCUCUAAAUGCCACUGUGUUUUUCUUGUUUGUUACCUUCAGGGGCUUCGCAUAAAUCUUGUACAAGCCAUGCUCUCAUAUAUGCUUGUACAUAUGUAAGAACAAACAAUAUCGUUAUGGAAGCUUGUAGCAACUGCUGUCUGAGCAGAAUCCUUCACCCAAAGGGACGAGAGGUUUGUGGACCUCGCCAGGAGAAGCUGAAUCCCCUUUGAAAUCCCACAGGGCAUCUAGGCUGAGGGAUGCUGCAGUGCUUUCAGGGCUGUAAGGCAAGUGGGUUGUUUCCUUUUAUUGGCUGCAGAUCAGUCUGAAAGCAGCUGCUACUGGCACAGCAGUGGAUUGGCAUCCUUGAGCAGGAGGGUGAUUCACUAGGAAAAUAGCAGUAUUUUCUUCUGACAUCUAGAGAAAGGUGUUUCAUGAACCUCAAUCGGAGCUUUGCAGAGGUGGGCCUCGCUUCAUACAUGACGGAGUGAGGGCAGUAUUAUAAAAAGUAAUUCUGGAUUACCAAAGAGCUAAAAUGGAGUAAGAAGGGCAACUUCCAGCUGGAUGCAGAGACCACUAACAUUGAGUACUACAGGACAAGUCAUACGAGGUCAGUAGUAUGCUAUAAUCAAAUGCAAAUACUGGGGAAGCAGGAACAGUUUUAUUGUGACAAAGAAAAGCAGCAGGUCAGGUGGUGGCUGGUAGAUCUGUUAUGGAACAAUGAAUAAAAUCAGGUGACUUUGGGAUACAAAUAGUACAUCACCUUGUGAAUCAGAGCUUGGGUAAGUCACAUUCUCCUGAUGUGGUCCUCACAAACAGGACCUUAACAUGAGAGAAACCUUGCUUCACCCUCUCUGACCGGAGGUCCUAUCGAAUGCAAAUACCAAGGACUUUCCUGUAAAACUGAAUCUUGAUGACUAACCAAAUCAAGAUGUUAACUUGUAAUCUUGCUAACAAAGUGUUAUUGCUGUACCUGUCUUUGAUGUACAAAUACACUUUUACAAUGUAUAUUUUGAAUG